CACUGUUCCCCUCAAUGUGAUUGAAAUGUAGCAGUGCUUAGUUACUUUAAUUAGAUUGAUUGGUUUACUUUAAUGAGCUCUGUUCUUUGGGGGACAAGAACUGUUGCUGUACAUCUGCUGCAUGUUAGGAGCCAGGACUCCUGGGUUCUAUCCCUGGCCCUGGGAGAGGAGUGGGGUCUAGUGGUUAGAGCAGCGGAGCUGGGAACCAGGACUCCUGGGUUCUAGCCUUGCCUCUGGGAGGGAAAUGGGGUCUAAUUUGCCAAGCAUAGUCAGGCCCACCCCUCCAAUCAGUGACAUUUCUCCGUUUGUCUGCUGAUGACCUUUGAAUGCUGCAUCCAACCGAGUCCAAAACGUCCGGAAAUAUGGCAGGCAUUGGUGGAGAGAACCCCAUCUGCUGGAGUGAAACCCGGAGACGCAACAAAUACUCUCACGCUGACAACCUGCUCAGCUGACAUCGGGUACAAAGUCUGAGAUCCCAGAGCAAGCCGACGGUUUUAGGGAAAGUGGUUUAUGACCGUUAGUAUUGCUAAAAGUUAGAAAACCAGCAAUGGCUCCUCUACUUAGAGCUCUAAAGCAUCUCGGCGGCCUUGUCACAGACACACAAGCACCCAGAAAAUUUAUUUUAAGGACCGUUCGGCUACGUCCCUAGCUAACGACUGACCCAAAGACAUAAUUGACCCUAAUUAGCUAAGGAAGGUAGGAGCUGGUCCCUGAGUCCCCUGAAAUACGAUGGAAAUGAAUUCCUGUUUCUUUCAUUUCAUUAUUUGAAUGUUUCCGAGUUCUUUGAGGCAAGAAUUGUGCUGUGUGUUUCCUGCCUGGUGGGGGGUGGCCGCCAGGACUCCUGGGUUCUAUCCCCAGCUCUGCGAGGGUAGCAGGGUCUAGUAGCUUAGGGAAGGGAGGGAGCUGGGAGUCGGAACUCCUGGGUUCUAUCCCCAUCCCUUUCACCUGCAUGUGUCUCUCUUCUCAGGUCUCAGGCUCCCCGGGGGGACGUGGGGCUGACAAUUUGGGGUUCAGACCCCCUUACGGCAGCUGUCCCCGUGGGCCGGCCGGCCCCGGAGCCCCAGGCCAAGGACCCCCCGGUGGCGGGGCCAACCAUGCCCCCCAACAAGGAGUCACCAGGCUGCCCCGGCUCGCCAGCGGCCCUCAUCUGCCUGCCGCCCAUCUCGGAGGACCUGCAGCUGGUGUGGACCCAGGCGUCCCAGACCAGCGAGCUGGACGGCCACCAGCCGCUGCGCCAGGCCUUCAGCUACUUCCCCUACCCCAGCCUGGCCGACCUGGCGCUGCUUUGCCUGCGCCACGGCCUGCAAUUGGAGAAGGUCAAGGCCUGGUUCAUGGCCCAGCGGCUGCGCUGCGGCAUCAGCUGGAGCGCCGAGGAGAUCGAGGAGACGCGGGCGCGGCUGGCCUGCCGCCAGGACCGCCCAGCUUUUGGGGCCCUGCUGGCCCCCAGCGACCCCCUGACGCAAACUGGCAAGGCCCCGGGAGGCAGGGAGGCCCCCGCAGCCGCCCACCACAAAGCCAAGCCCCAGGAAUUCCCGGGGAGCUGUUCGGCUGCGGCCCGGGGGCCCCCAGAGCAGGGGAGAGCUUCUGUGGCCCCCCAACCCAAAGCCAAAGAAACGCUGACGCCACCCCCCAGCCUUUUCCCCACACCGCCCCCUCCGUGCCGGGCCUGGGCGGAUCCUCCGGCCAGCGCCAGCCACCCGGACACCGCCUGGGACCUCAGCAAGCCCUGCCGGCUGGGGGUGGCUGAUGCCGCGCCCCCCUCCUCUGGAGCCGCCGCCAACGGGGCCGAGGCAUGGGCCCGGCCCGGCCACCCCCACGGCACCCUGGAGGCCCAGCGGCAGCGCAAGAGCCGGCGGAAGAGCAAGGAGCAGCUAGCGGUGCUGAAGUCAUUCUUCCUGCGGUGCCAGUGGGCACGGCGGGAGGAUUACCAGUGGCUGGAGCGGAUCACCGGCCUGCCACGGGCAGAGAUCAUCCAGUGGUUCGGGGACACCCGCUACGCCCUCAAGCAUGGGCACCUGCGGUGGUUCUGGGAUAACACCGUGCCCCCCGCCGCUGCCCUGGAGCCCGGGCCCCGCACGGACACGGGCCCGCUGGAGCGGUACUGGGCCGCCCGGCAGCAGCUGCGCCAGGACGACCUGCCAGCCCUGUGCCGCGAGUCGGGCAUGGGGGCCCAGCAGGUGCUGAACUGGUUCUAUUCCCGCUCGCCCGAGCCGGCUGAGGUGGUGGUGUGCCUGGGCGAGGAGCCUGAGGAUGAGGACGAGGAGGCCGGGCUCAUGGUGCAGGACGACGGGGAGGAGGAGGAGGACGAGCCAGAGGAAGAGGACCUGGGCGCCCAGGGAUGAGGAGCUUCAGAGACUCCCGGGAGGGCGGGGGUUUUGACCCAUGCACUGGGGCCCUGCUCUGACUAGUUCCUCCCUCUGCUCUAGAACCCAGAUCUGGGUCUUGCAUCUAGUUCCCCCUCCCUCUUCAGUCCUGGGCCCCACAUUCCCCCUGCCUCUUCCCAGCUCUAGAACCCAGGUCCCAGGUUCUUUUCCCUUUCUGUUCUGGAACUUGGUGUCAUGCGGUUCUGCUUCAUAGAUCACUGUUGUAAUUUUCUCUCCGUGCCUCAGGUUCCAGAUCUGGGUUCCUUCCCCACCUCGUCUUGGUGCUCUAGAACAAAGUACUGAUUCCUCCCUGUUCUAGACUCUAGAAUCCCAUUCCCCCCUCUGUGUUCUAGAAUCCCAAUCACGCCCUGGUCCCCUUCCUCUUCUAGAACAGAGGGACACCCCCAAGCUCUGCCACAGGCCCUAGAACCUGGGGUGCUUGAUCUAGAACCCAAGUGUCUGGUUCCCUCUACUUUGCUCUAGAACCCAGGUACCAUUUCACUCCUGGUCCCCAACUCUAGAAUCUAUUUGUCCGGUUACUGGUUUGCGCUCUAGAACCCAGUACCUUCUGACCAGUUGUCUGGAUUCAGGUAUGCUCCCUUCUCCAGACUUCCCCCACCGCUCCCCCUCCUUCAGGCGGCUAGAGUCUGCCCUGGUUCAUCCCUCCCCCCCCUUCUAGAUCAUGUUACAACCCUGUCCCCCAGAGACACUUGUGUGGAGGGAGCCGGGAGGCGGCGGGAGCGGGAGCUGGUCUGUCGGGGACUCCCUGGGUUUGGUUUUACAAACUGGGUAGGAACGAGGGCACAGGAAAUGGGGCAGCGGAGAGCGGGCGCGGGACUGACUUUCCCUGGCUGCUGUCGGUCCUUUCUGGAGUUGUUAAUUUAUAACGCCCUGCUGACGGGAGUUAAAGCAAGGUUUGAAGUUGAACCCCACGCCUGUGGCCUGUGUCUGAUUGGGGGGGUCCGGAUGGGGGGCACGGGGAGCAGGGCUUUGGUUCAUUCAUUCACUCAUGUUCUCAGUUCUUGGUUGGUAGCUGGCGCACGUCAGUGGGGGUGGGUCUCCCAUCUCCCCUUCCUCUCUCCUCUGGAUUCCUGGUCACUCGUUUCCUCCUCUCUUCCCUCAUUUCCUCUUCCCCACUCCCUCCUUCUCCUUCUUUGCCCAGCUCCUGCCAUCCCUGUUGCCCCCUGGCCCCACCCACUCCCACUAGGGCUCUGGGAGGUUGGCGUUCACCCUCCCAAAACCCAC